AUAUCUCCGGGGGUUCGUGCGAUUAAAGACUGUGCGGGUCGCCGGCGGCGCCGUUCACCGGACAGCGACCUCCCGCCGCACCCGCAAGAAAAACAGGGAAUGCAAACAAGUAGCAGGAAUCUGAUAUCUGCAAGCCACCCGACUCUCAAUCUCUCAUAUCCAACUCUUGAAUCCUUCGUCUGGAAUACUCUAAUUCGUGCCCAUGUCCAUCAUCCAUCCGAUUCUCCCUUCACUCCCCUCUCCGUCUUCCUCCGCAUGCGUUACCAUGCCGUCCGACCAGAUACCCACACCUUCCCUUUUCUCCUUCAAUCCUUCACCUCGCCGGAAUACCUCUCCUGCGGCCGGUCAGUUCACUCGCUGAUCAUCCAACUCGGACUGUCGGACAACGUGUUCGUACAGACAUCGCUGGUCAAUAUGUACUCUUCCUGCGGCUCAUUCCACCUUGCCCGGCAGGUGUUCGACGAAAUUCCCCAACCAGACUCCGCCUCAUGGAAUUCGUUGCUCAACGGGUACGUGAAAGCCGGGAUGGUCAUAGCUGCACGGAAGGCGUUCGACAGUAUGCCUAGCAGAAACACGGUGUCCUGGAGUUGUAUGAUGGAAGGGUACGUGAGAUCGGGCCAGUAUAUGAACGCAUUGCUCUUGUUCCGGAAGAUGCAAAAAACGGAGGAGCUUAUGAUUCCCAAUGAGUUCACCAUGUCUGUCUUGCUCUCUGCUUGUGGAAAGCUUGGCGCCCUUGAACAUGGCAAGUGGGCUCAUUGCUACAUUGAGAAACGCGGAAUGCCGAUUGGUAACAUCUUAGGAACCUCAUUGAUCGACAUGUACGCGAAAUGUGGGUGCAUUGAAAGGGCGAAAUUCGUGUUCGAAAAUCUGGGUCCGAAUAAAGAUGUGAAAGCAUGGAGUGCCAUGAUCUCUGGCUUGGCCAUGAAUGGGCACAAGGAAGAAUGUCUUGAUUUAUUCUCAAAGAUGGUCGGCUCCGGCGUGAGCCCUAACGGAGUCACAUUCAUAAGUGCUCUCUCCGCUUGUGUCCACUCUGGCGCGGUCGCACUAGGAAAGUCCAUCUUUGAAAAGAUGCAAAACCGUUACCAUAUUUCUCCCUCGCUUCAACACUACGGUUGCAUGGUCGACCUCUACGCAAGAGCAGGACUGAUCGACGAGGCCUGGGGUCUCGUCGAGUCAAUGCCAAUGCAACCGGACGUCCUGGUCUGAGGGUCCCUCCUGAGCGGGGCCAGGACGUCCGGGGACAUAAAGACAUGCGAGGCGUUGCUCGGCAAGAUCCUCGAGCUGGAACCCAAUAACACCGGGGCCCACGUCCUCCUCGCAAACGCGUACGCCAAGAUGGGGAGGUGGAAGGACGCGAGGCGGGUCCGGGCUCAGAUGGAGACGAAGGGGAUAAAGAAGGUCCCCGGGUGCAGCUUGGUGGAAGUGGACGGGACCGUGCACGAGUUCCACGUAGGAGACAAGUCUCGGCCAGACAGGAUGGAGAUACACAUGAUGCUGGAUGAGAUGUUGAGCCGGAUAAGAAUGGAGGGGUACGCGAGCAACACGGAGGAGGUGACAGU